AUGAACAAUUCAUUAUUUUCAACUAAUAAUAAUAAUACUAAUAAUGAUAAAAAAGAAAAUAGUGACGAUAUUCUUGAUGUUAUCGUCGAUUAUAUUGGAAAUGAAGAUGAUGAACUUACACUAAGGCGUGGUAGUAAAUUAGAAGUUCUAUCAAAAGAUGAAUCAAUUUCAGGUUCACGUGGAUGGUGGACUGGAAGGCUUAUUGAUUCUGAAUCAGUUGGUGUAUUUCCAGCUAAUUUUGUUAUUAAUUCUCAACUAAAUCUUCAUAUUAUUAAUUAUAAUGAUCUAAAAAUAGGAGAUACAAUUGGUGUAGGUGGUUUUGGUUAUGCAUUUCAUGGUAAAUUUGGUGAUAUUGAUGUAGCGAUAAAAACAGCAAAAUCUCUUGCAUCAUUUUGUACAACAUAA